UUAGAUUUAGCUGGCGUAAAUGCCUGGAUUUUAUACAAGGAAACCACAGGUGAGCAGAUAUCCAGAAAAGAUUUAUUUUAUGUUUCAAUUAGCAGAUUGCGACAACUUGCCGCUGACAAUGUAAAAUCACGGAUAGAACUGAGAGCAGCUGAGUUCCAAAGUACGUCAAAGAACUCACCUUAUUCACGCAAAUGGUGUCAGAUAGGACCAGUCAUUUUGACUGGUUUUCGUAGAGAUAGCUACGUCUCAACUGUCGGUAGUUCUAGUGUUAAAGUUUCCACCCUGCAUUCCCUUCCAGCAUUAUAUCAACCCUUUCGAUGCGAGGCGCCAUUCCGAAAAUGCACACAUAGUCUUCUUUUGUCUGAAGAUUCUUUUACCAAGCGU